UGCUUCUGCUAAACUGUAAAGAUGCGCACUUUAUUCCUCUUCGCUUUGGUAGCCGUGUUGGCCAUGAAUUGUGUCAUGGGUCAUUUCGGCGGUAAUUCAAGUCUUUUCGGUAAUUCAAGUCAUUCCGGCCUUAAUUCCACUAGUCCCGGUGGGGUAUGGCCCUGGUUCUGGCCCUUCCGUUGGCCACUCUGGGGUGGUCGUGGACCUGUCAUACUUCCUCCAUUGCCCAACAGUACAAUUUCCAACAGUACACUCUCCAACAGUACAUCUGUCAACAGUACAACUUCGGUAUAAUUAUUUAUGUAAAUAAAAUCUCAAAGCAGCCAAAAUUA